AUGAUGAUGUGGGUAGACGAGUUUGCCCCGAAAAGUCUGGCGGAGCUGGACUUUCACAAGCCCGUGACGGAGAUGCUGGAGCGUAUAGCAAGUCUGAAGGACGUUCCUCACCUCUUAUUCCACGGUCCGAGCGGGGCGGGAAAAUGCACAAGGGCUCGGCUCCUCUUGAAGGCCCUGUACGGUGAUGGCGCCGCGCUAACGAAAAAGGAAACUGUCCAGGUGGAUAGCAAGCUGGAAUUCAACGUAUACGGCUCAAUUUAUCACACAGAAAUAUACUGUUCUGACUUGGGUUUUAAGGACCGUCAGUGUGUGCAGACAUUGAUAAAGGGUUUGGCUGGGUUGGGUUCAUCGGCCGGGUUCGGGUCCGGCAAGCCGAAGUGCCGCGUGUUCAUGUUGCAUGAGGCGCACACAUUGACAUUGGCGGCGCAGGCAAGUCUGCGGCGCACGAUGGAGCGUUACUCUUCGACCUCGCGUUUCUUCUUGUUGACGGAGCGAUUGUCUUCGCUCAUUGCGCCGCUUAGGAGUCGCUGCAUCUGUAUACGCGUGCCCGCUCCGGAUGCGUCCAUGGUCGAGAUGGCACUAAGGAAGACUCCAGCCGCAAAGAAAACAGUCACCGCCCUCGCGGCCACAGAGCGUAAUAUGAGACGUGCUUUCGUGCGCGCUCAACUGAUUAAUAUCCGUGGCACGAACGGAGGCAAACUCGAUUGGGAACACUCAGUCGACCAAAUCGUACUCAGUCUACGUAAACCCAGUAUCGAAGCCUUUCUCAAUUGCAGAAAUCAACUACAGGAAGCCUACGCACAUGGAAUUGACGGCCAACUCCUUUUGGAAACCCUCGCCGACCGACUCAUACUCGAAGUCGCAGAAAAUAACCGACCGCUUCUCGCCAAGGCGGCAGCCUUCUACUCUCAGACCAUGGCUCAAGGAAGCAAAGAGGUUUUUCACUUAGAAGGAUUCAUUGCACACUGUUUAUGCUUGAAAUAA